GUCGGUUUUGAGUACCUUGCACUCUGCAGUAUAUACGUUCUGUGCUCGUUGAUUUCUGCCUGUGAAACAGAUGACUGAUGCUCGUUGCUCAAGAUGCUCGGAGUUCAAAGUGGGAGUUAGGGACAUUAUUCAAGCAGGAAAUAGUGCUCGGUAUCAGCUGGAGUGUAUUUCCUGUGGUCAUUCAUGGUAUGCCGCCCGGGAUGCGGUUUCAAUGCUCACAAUUGACGCACCCAGUUCUAACAAGAACGUUGGGACGGCUCCUUUGGCCACUGCCAAGUUCGAAGACGUUGAGAAGAAGCUGGUGAGCCCUCGUUGCUCAAGAUGCUCGGAGUUCAAAGUGGGAGUUAGGCACAUUAUUCAAGCAGGAAAUCGUGCUCGCUAUAAGGUCCGAUGAAAAUACCAAAAAGAAAAGAUGUCUCUGGUAGUAUCAUACCAACGGCGCAGUCCAACUGUUCGACAAAUUCCCCAAAGAGAAAACGCCCCAAAACAAAGCACGCCCUAUGGGCAGGAGAGGGGGAGGAGGAGGAGGAGGAGCUAAGAGGGUGCCAAACACUGCAUUCACGUCUACCAACAACAUAUCACUGAGAGAAGAAUUGACCGGGAAAAAGCAAACCAAGGGCGGUUCCUCCAUCAAUGCCAAGGCCGUGCUGAAGCUCGAGCACUUGCAGAGACUCGCUGUGUGGACUGGCACGGAGGCUUCUGUUCCUUCUCUGGGUGCAUUCUUUGGGCGCACCUUGGCCGCUGCCCAAGAGGCCAUCGCUGUGCCCCCUGAACCUUCUCUCUUCCCUUGCCAGAGGAUUGGUUUUGAAAAAAUGGUGGAAGAUUUGAUUUCCGUUAGGAAGCGAUCAUGAACUGCUCACUGUUAAGAUGUGAAACAGUUCUUCAGCCUGGCUUCAACUGCACUGUUCGAAUUGAGAAAAAUAGAGCAAAGGCACGGCAACGAAGUAAGAAACUUAUUCAUUUCUCUCAAAACAAUGUAGUGUAUACAUGCCACUUCUGUUCACAUCGGAAUUUGAAGAAAGGGACUUCGAAUGGACAUAUGAAAACGAUAUGCCCCCCUAAGGCCAAAACAACUUCGAAACUAAACCUCGCUAGGUCCAUCUCCAAGAAGUUUGUCAACUCAAAGAAGGCCACUGCAGGCGAUGAGGUUAGUAAAGUGGAUGAGAUAGCUCCUUCCACAGGCGGAGAGAUUCCUACAGUCAACAUUCCUGCAGGCGAAGACGACGUUAGUCAAGCUAAUGAAGUAGCUCCUUCAGCUGGCACAGAGAUUCCUAGCGUGGAUACACUUGCAACUCCAGCGGUGAAGACUGGAAUUACUUUGUUGUUGGGAGGGAAGAAGAGAAGGAGAAACAAUUCGGCGACCAAGAAACCAACUGAACCUAAGAGCAGUCCCACCUCAAUAGCUGAAAACACAACUAGCACGUCAAACAAACGGAGGAGAAAAUCGUGGACUAGUUUGAAGGAGAUUGCUAAACAUAGUGAUUGUAGAAUUGUAAGUAAUGAGCUGAUAAGUAAAUAAGAAGUCCUUUAAUGUUAAUUGUGUAUGCACUUAGCCUUCAAAAUGACAAUGGUAAGGCUCAAAUGUGUAAGGCUAAAUUAGCCCUGUGUAGUGAUCCUAAAAGUUUGCUAGGGUGUGGCUGAGAUCAAAUGUGUUGUGUUUUGGAUCCAGCUAAAGCAAAACGGUUGUAAACAGUGCAUGUGUGUGUGCUCAUUUCAGUUAGAAGAAAUAUAUAUUUCUCUCUGUAACCUCUGCAGAGAAGAAGAACAU